AUGACGGAUAAUAUGCAGGAGGAUAUGAAACUAGACAAGGAAAUCCCUUCGUCUGAGCCUGCAAAGCGGAAAGCCUCUGGGCCAAAGCCGAAAACCAUACAUUUCACGUCCCGCAAUCCGCCCUGGACCUACCUGAAGCUCAAGCUUGUCCCUCAGCCCGGAAACACACCUCAAGCACUCGACCCUCUUUCCGCACGCACCUACCUCUCCUCCGCACUGUCGCAAUUCCUCGGUCUGACAGGAACGGCCAUUCUCAUCGAUAUACUGAAAAUCGAGCAUGGAUUCGCGUCUACACCAACAAACGAUGCUACAUCUACAACACAGGCUACCAGGGUCCCCCGCUAUGACUCUGUGUGGAUUCGUGUCCCGCGCGAAGAUGCCCCAGCUGUUGUCGCUGCAGUGAGCUCUUGGAUUGGUGGCGGAAGCAAUACGACGGGGUCUGCGGGUGUCGCGUGGAGGGUCUGCGCCAAGGGAAACUUUCUAGGUGCGUUGACGGCUGGGUCUGGGGCGGAUUUGUUCGUUCCCUAA